UAGGAUUGUCUCAAGAACAUCAGUGAAAAUGAAGGGGAAGUACAUCUAGGACUGAACCCAGGAAGCAUUUCUUUAUGUAAAGAGUUGUGGGCCUUUGGAACAGACUAUCGAGACAUGGAGUUGAGGAGCAGAAACCUUGACAACCUUUUAGAAAAACCUGGAUCUAUUAGCUAAACAAAACAGCAAAUUCAACAAUGGAGAAAUGUCUCUUGCAACUGGUUGAAAUGACCAAGAGCAAGAAGGAGGGAGACGAGCAGUUUCAUCAAAGGUUUUUUGGAAUGACCGAAAGGAACAACAGCCUGCUGGCUGAAAUGAAUAAAAGCCAGCAAGAGGGAACCCAUCAGCUUCAUCAACUGAAUCUUGGAAUAGAUGAAAUAAAGAAGAAACAGCAAGAGGAAACACUUCAGCGUCAGCAACAGUUUUUAGAAAUGAGAGCUGAGCAAAAAGAGAUGUUAAAUGUCCUACACCACUUACAGCGUGAAAGAAGACCACAGGUCACAGCUGAAGAGGUUCCCAGCGUCAGCACGAAACCUGUGGAAGGUUCCAGUGCUUCAGGUAAUUAUAUUCCAGAAGAGAACACAGAAAAUGACAAAAUGGAGAUAAUAGACAGUGACACUGAUGAUGAAGGAACAGGUGGUGUGACUUCUACCAACGAAAGACAAACUCUGCCAUCUCAGACUACCAGGAAAAGUUUCAUCAUCAGAAUAUCAGGUAACAUGAUAAAUUGUAAGGAAGAUUCUACGUCAGCAGUAAUUAAAAAACUCUGGAGGAAACACAAACUUCCUGUUAUCUGUAACAAAAAGAAAGGAGUCUUUCACAAAAGUAUAAUCUCAAAACCAGGUUCCCCCUCUAUAUCAUUUUGUGAUAUGUGGCUCUUUCCUGGUGAAUUUGAACAUUUUUCAGGAAAUGUAAAGUCAAAAAACUGGAAGAAAAGCAUUUAUGUUGAUUUGGAAGAUCUUAAGAAAGAUUUAGGUAUAUCUGAUGAGCUGGUCAAACACUGCAGGAUAAAUCUCCAUGACUUGCUUAAGCAAAGAAAACAGAAACUUCCAAAACAGAAAAUACGCGAAUCAUUCAUUGAGCAAUAUCAACAUUUAUUUCAGCCAUGAAGUUUAUGUGGAUGGAAAAAACUUCUCAUUUUGUAAUUUAUCGACUGCAAUCUUUACUGAGCGUUAGCUGCCGAUACCAUUCCUAGCAGCAACUUUCCUCUUACAUGCAGGGUUAUGUUUUGUUGUAUAGGAGUAAUAAAAUUUAUAGGGCAUUUAUUUUUCAGAUUUGGAUAUUAAUUUGGUUUUUAGA